AACACCAUGGAAGCUCAAUCACACGAAGAUCAAGAAGAAGCACUUCUUAAGCAAACACAUGCACUCAAAAAAAUAGACCUUAACCAAGAGCAACACUUUCCUAAACAACAACAACAAUUGGAGACAAAAGAAAAUGAUUCUCCACCUCCACUUCAUGAAGUGGAAACCAUUUUGGACUAUAAGUUCAAAAAUAAGCACUUAUUAGAAAAAGCUUUCACACACCCCACUUACUACAGUGAUGAUAGCUUAUCAUAUGAACGGUUGGAAUACGUCGGAGAUGCUGUUCUUAACCUCUUGAUAUCAAAGGAACAGUUUUUCUUGUAUCCAAAUUUGCAACCGGGUCGCUUAACCCGGUUACGAGCUGCGAAUGUGAACGCUGAAAAACUCGCACGUGUGGCUAUCAAACAUGGGUUAUAUCGUUAUUUGAGACACAAGAAGCCUAUGCUUGGAGAGCAAAUUCAAGAAUUUACUAAAGCAAUUGAAGAGUAUCCAUUACAUUCCAAUGGGUUGAUCGACGUGCCUAAAAAUCUUGCCGAUAUUGUUGAGUCAACUAUUGGUGCAGUCUUCAUUGAUUGUGAUUUAUCCAUUGAUAUUGUGUGGAAGGUCUUUGGAAAAUUACUUGAACCUAUAAUUGAUCCGUAUACUAUUCAAAAGCAUCCAGUCACGGAGCUUCAUGAAAUUUGUCAGAAGAAAAGUUUGAAGUUGCAAUUCAUUGAUUUGUGGAGAGAAUCUAUGAGUGUAAAUGUCCUUAUAAAUGAGAAGGUCGUUGGAAGAGGCAUUUAUGGGUCUAAGAAAGAAAUUGCACAUAAUAGAGCAGCAAAAAAUGCUUUGGAAAAUAUGGAAAGAGUGCUAGGUAUAAGCACAUCUACAAACAAAGAUCUUGAACUUGAAGAGUGAGCGAUACAAACGCCCCCUUGGAUUCUCAGGAAUGAAUUCGUGAAACAAACGACCUCUUAGAUAGCAAACCUUAUAAAAUUUGAUUGUAUUUUUCCCCCUCACCUCAAUGAAGAGUGAAGGUUAUAAAAUGAUUCGAUUUUAUAAGGUUCACUAGUUGAUUAAGGUGCGAACUAUGUUCGCAAGUUAAGUAGCAACAUAUAUUUUUUCUAGAAUUUGCAAUUUUAUAAGGUUCACUAGUUAAAUUGUACGAAACUAUCUUGUUGUAAACACUAUGAUUGGCCACCGAAGCUGUUGUGACAUGGC